GCUAUUCUGCCUUUCCCCACUCCAAUUUGGUCCCUCCCAACAAGUUUCACAGUUCAGGUUCCUUCCUUCCUUCCGGGACGAAACGCGCUCUUGUCUUGAAUUCCUAUACCCCCACCCCCUCUCUCUCUCAGAUACUUGUUUUAGAUUGUUCCGAGAGUAACAGACAGGACCUGGGAGGUUAAAUCAUCUACCUUUCUGAGAAAUAAUGGUGGGCCAAACCAGUUACGUUCCUCCACCUUAUAUUCCAUUGAGUCAGUCAGAAUCUGAAACAGAAAUUGUAACAUCCAAGGAUGAGAUACCUGCUCAGCAGCCUAAAAAUGAUGGACCGGUGCAGUGGUCUUCUGGAAUCUGUGCUUGUUUCGAUGAUAUGCCGAGCUGUUGUAUUGGACUUGUCUGUCCUUGCUUCCUUUUUGCGAAAAAUGCUGAGUUUUUGGGGUCUGGAACUCUAUUUGGGUCAUGCAUGACACAUUUUAUUUUGUGGGCGCUGGUCAAUACGCUUUGCUGUGUGUUAAGUGAUGGCAUUAUAUGGGGUUUACCUGGAUGCUUUGUCGCGUGCUAUGCUUGUGGCUACCGGAAGACGUUAAGAUCAAAAUACAACCUGCAGGAAGCCCCAUGUGGUGAUCUCUUCACGCAUUUUUGUUGCCAUUUAUGUGCCAUUUGUCAAGAGUACAGAGAAAUCCGCGAAAGGUCUGGAGGCUCGAGCUCUUCUGACCUGAGCCUGGUGGAAGUUACUCCCCCUCCUAUUCAGACAAUGGAAUCGGCUUCCACAUAAUAAGUUCGUCUGUUACCAUUCCCUCAUUCACCUUGUUUUAUACUGUUCGCUUUGUACUACUUCUCAUCUGCAUGGGAUAUUUCUUUCCGUAUCUGAUUUUUCAUCUUUUUCUCUCUCAUUUCCUUGCAAUAUAUAACUCUAAAGAACACUGCAUAUCUUAUCACAUUGCCAGAUUUUGUGUACAUCAGAGCAUUAGUUUAUGUAGGAUCGUUUUGGCAAUCUUUUGUAUGCCAGUGAGCUUUUAUGGUCUGUAGAUAAAAGUGGGACGAGUGCAGAGUGCUUAGUUUUCUGGUUAAACAUGCAGAAGAAGAAGAUGACAGCGGUGAAGUUGUAUUUCUAGUAAUUUUUUCACAUAUUUUUGUUCCAUCUUAAAGUGUACGAACUGCUUAUGAAAAGUUCAUUUCAGCUGUAACAA